AAGAAAAAACAACAACCCAACGCUUUCAUUUACUAAUUAGGCGCUCAGGUGCGGUGGAGUUUCUCACUUUCGACUCUCAGGGGAGCUUUCUUAUCUCAGGAGGAGGAAGUUACAAAUCCUCAGGAACAAACUCAAAGUGCACUUUUUUUUGUGUGCGUGUGUUUGUGUGCAAGAUUGCUCAGCCUCCUUAAAUCCACAAAGGAGAAACACUUGACACCCACAUGGAGGCUCAGCCCGUCGCCGCCUGCUGACAUGGAGCUCCUUCCCGGCAUGCAACUCAGCCUCUAGUCGUUUUUUUUUUUUUUUUUUGUGUGUGUGUGGCUCGUUUCUCUUGUCUUUUUCCUCUACAAAGAAGACCCCCGCACCAUGGCCGGCUCUUCCACCCGGUUGCUCUGGAGACGGAGCCUCCUCCUGGCGGUGUGCGUGUGCGCGCUUGGGGCGCGUGGAGCCGAGGAGGAGGAGGAGGAGGUCAGCGGCGGCUUCAACUCGGAGUCUUGGCUGAGGAUGUACGGCUACCUGCCUGAGGCCAGUAGACAGAUGUCCACCAUGCGCUCCACGCAGAUCCUGGCCAACGCCAUCAGCGACAUGCAACGCUUCUACGGCCUGGAAAUCACCGGAUACAUGGACCCGCAAACCAUCAGCGCCAUGAAGAGACCCCGCUGUGGCGUGCCCGACAAGUUUGGGGGCCAGAUCAAAACCAACGUGAGGCGGAAGCGCUACGCCCUCACCGGACACAAAUGGAACAAGAACCGUCUCACGUACAGCAUCCAGAACUACACCCCCAAGAUUGGCGAGUACAACUCCUUCGUGGCCAUCCGGCAGGCCUUCCAGGUGUGGGAGAGCGUCACCCCACUGACGUUUGACGAAAUCCCCUACCAGGAGAUCAAGUACGGCCGGCGUAAGGAGCCCGACAUCAUGCUCUUCUUUGCGUCUGGCUACCACGGCGACAGCUCCCCAUUUGACGGCGAGGGCGGCUUCCUGGCCCACGCCUACUUCCCCGGGCCCGGCAUGGGCGGCGACACGCACUUUGACUCGGACGAGCCGUGGACCAUCGGAAACCAGAAUGUACAAGGCAAUGACCUGUUCCUGGUGGCCAUCCACGAGCUGGGCCACGCGUUGGGCUUGGAGCACUCCAACAACCCGCUGGCCAUCAUGGCGCCCUUCUACCAGUGGAUGGAGACGGAUAACUUCCAGCUGCCCGACGACGACCGCAGAGGCAUUCAGCAGAUUUACGGCACACAUGACAACAGGCCCACUCAGGCCUUGCCCACCGUGACGCCGCGCCGCCCGGACCCCCGGCCGCCGCACAAUCCUCCUCCUCGCCAACCGGACCGGCCCAGGACCACCGACAGACCGGAUCACUACGGACCCGACAUCUGCGAAGGCAACUUCGACACGGUGGCCAUGCUCCGAGGAGAGAUGUUUGUCUUCAAGGGGUCUGGUCUCCAACAGGGCCGUUGGUUCUGGAGGGUGCGCAGGAACAGAGUGCUGGACAACUACCCCAUGCCCAUCGGACACUUCUGGCGAGGUUUACCCGGAGACAUCGACGCCGCCUACGAGAGGCACGACGGCCGCUUCGUCUUCUUCAAAGCAAACCGAUUCUGGCUCUUCCGAGAGGCCAACCUGGAGCAAGGCUACCCUCUGGAGCUGGUGGACUACGGCCGCGACAUUCCUUACGACCGCAUCGAUGCGGCCAUCUGGUGGGAGCCCUCCGGUUACACCUACCUCUUUCAGGGAGACUGGUAUUGGCGCUUUAACGAACAGUCGCGCUCAGCCGACAGAGGCUACCCGAAGCCCAUCAGCGUGUGGGGGUCUUCCGUCCCCUCGGCUCCCAAGGGGGCCUUCCUAAGUGACGACGGAGCGUACACCUACUUCUACAAGGGCUCCAAGUACUGGAAGUUUGACAACCACCGCAUGAAGAGCGAGCCAGGCUACCCCAAGUCCAUCCUGCGUGACUUCAUGGGCUGCAGCGUGGACCUGGACCCCCCGGACACGGACGCCGAAGACAAAUAUCCGGACGUCAACCAGCCGCCGUUCAACCCGGACGCCGGGCGCGAGGAUGACAACAAUGUCGACAAGAAGGACGACGAGGACCGAGACGGCGGCGGCCGGACGGACGGCGACAAAGACGAGGACGAGCGCGAGAGCCACGAGGAGGACACCAACGAGGUGGACGUGGUGCUGAAAGUGGACGACAGCCAGGAGCGGACCAUGAACAUCCUGAUGGUGACCAUCCCUCUGGUUCUGGUGCUGUGCAUCCUGGGCCUCAUCUACGCCAUCAUCAACACGCUUCAGAGCAAGGGGGCGCCGAGGCUUCUGGUGCACUGCAAGCGCUCGCUGCAGGACUGGGUUUGAACCCUGAACUCGAGAUGGGGAUUGCUGAACCCUGGACGGAGCCUCAGCAUACCCUCCCACAACUCAUAGAAACAGGUAGUAACAGACCCAUGCGGUUACUGUACUGACUAGGGAUGGGCAUUACAAUCGAUUGAUGGACCGUGUAAGAUUUAUGGCAAUCGCUAAGUGUCAAACUCAUUUUCGUCGUGGGCAACAUUGUAGUUGGGGUUUCCCCCAGAGGGCCUUUAAGACUGGAAAAUGUCUCAUUUCCAUACUGUAUAUAAAUGGAUAGUCAAAACUCCAUUUAGCAAGGAACAUAAAAUAUACACACUUUAUUUGCUUCGGUGGGCCCCAUAAGUGACAGAAUUUAAUACUUUCAUUCAUUUCACCGAUUAAUCCAUAACGGAGAACUUGUCGAGUGCUCAUCCCUAGCCUUGCUCCACGGUGCAUCGACUGUAGUCUAUUUAUACGAGACAAGUUUGCACAUUGUUUGUGUUCAUUGGGUGUGACUUUGUUGUUCUUGUUUUUUUUUUUUUUUUUUUUAAAUGAUUAUUGAUUGAUUGAUUUCUAAACCAGGAAGUCCGCUGUAUUCUCUGGCUAGCCCAUCCCCUUUCUUACCUUUCACCACGGUACACUGAGUUUACAUUCAGAGGCAGCCUGACACCCACUUUGCUUUAAAUGUCUCUUUAAAAAUUCAGCCCCUGAAUCCAGAUUCGCUGAGCAAGAUGACAUUUGGUAGACAUGUCCAUCAUGAGUAGACCCACAAAGAACUCUCAAGAAGCCAUGCCCCAAAAGACACAGGAAGUCUGGCAAUUUGGUUAGAAUUUUGUCAUCUUUGGGUCAUUCCAGCCAUUUCCACAGGUCCUUCAGACAUAAACUAGUCCUAGAGAUUUCGACCUAUUGCUAUCAAAUUUGAACGAUAGACAUUACAUAGACGGGCGAUGCUAAAUUGUCACACAUUUUAGUUUUGGUCAUUGCUUGUUGGUGGAGUUUGGCAACAAAAUCUGAUGACUCAGACCCAACGAUUGGCUCGCUAGCAAAUGUAUGAGUGGAUGGAGCACCUGUUGGAGUUCUUUGACAAUUCAACCCCUGAAGCCAUUUUCACUUAGCAACACAACAUUUGGUAGAAAUACAAAAAAAAACCUGAUAAAGCCAUGCCUCAAAAGACGAGGGAGGUCUGCCAUUGUGGUUUGAAACCAAGCCAAUUUUUCCAUUUCUAGACGUCCUUAAAAGACAAACUCCUCAUUGAGAUUUUGUCGCAUUGCUACCAAAUUUGAACUCUGUUACUAAACAGAUGGACAACGCUACAUUGCUAAUUUGUAAUCAUAAAAAGGUCGCGUUAAAGGGGUUGACAUGAAUAGCCGUUUGACCAAAAUCAGAGUCAAGUUUACAUAAACCAUCCACUCAUUUCCCGCUACUCCACCUUCCACGUGCUUUCUUUGCCUUCUUUGGAAGAUGUUAAAAAGCGUCUGUAAGCACUCUGUAAAAGGAAGCGCUUGCCUAAAAUGUAUUUCGUGUCACUCUCAGACAGACCAGAGAGGGGGAAAGUCACACAGGAAGACCACCCGUCGCCUCCGCUGGGGUUGUCAAAACUUGGGCUUAAAACAGGACAUAAGUGUAACGCGGCUGUUAAUGUAGUGUUCGACCGCUAAUGGACUUUUUACAGCGGUCACUUAUGUGUAAAGGUGGCGCAGCAGUGAGAAGUGGUCCGGAUCUCACGUGAACGGCGGCUAAUCCGCUUCGUUAAAACACAGGAGGUGUGCGCACACGCCGCCGGACCCCCGCUGACCCGAAACCUUGACCCCCGAGAACCCCAAACACGCUGUCAUCCAUUCCGGGUUACAACAGGAGUAUUCUGAAGUAACAUCUUUUUUUUAACCUUCCUUACUUCAAAGAAGUGUCAAAGCGAGUUAAAACUUAACUGAUGCGCUGACAUUUUGGGUUCCACGGUUGUUGUCAUGUUUUAUCCCUUUGCAAUCCUUGUUGUAAGAAAAAAAAAAAGCCAAAGAAAAAGCAAAACUCGCUAGUGGAAUAACUUUUUUUUUUUUUUUUUUAAGUCGAGAUUUCCCGGGAUGUCACGAAUGACGGUUCAAAUUCCAAAAUCUUGUUCGUCUUGUUAGCACUUCCUGUUCCCACGCUAUCAGCGUAGUUAGCUUUAGCGCUCGUCACAACUGGUCAUUUAUUACGACCACAGGUAUGACAAGAGCAGUAGAAUGGUGCUAGUUAACAUGUUUGUGCUAACUUGAGCACCAACUUACAAUGUUUGUGUGUCUGUGUGUUUCUACAGUAUGUAUUGUAGUUCCAUGUGAAGCCAGCGAGCUACACGCUAACGCGGAACGUGACUUCAAUGAGGGAUGUUUUAUCCGAACGGCUUAGCUUAACUUAGCAGCUCAGGUUACACAUGCAUGGAAAGAACAAAUUUCCUGCCUUUUGAGACAAGGAAAGGGGGAGGGGGGUGGGGGGGGGCAAGCACAGUUUGAAGAUCUCAGACAAGGAGGGCCAGUGGGAAAGGGGGCCAAACUGGCAAUGCGCCACAUGACCCAAAUUCCCCGUGUAGCCAGGCAGCAGCUGGCUGAAGAGGAAACCCGAGCUUUCAGUGGGAACGCUUUGUGUUUACUAACUUUAAAACCUCUAUAUGUACAUUGACAGACGGCCCGCCCAGACCCCCCUGGGCCUCCACCACCACAGACCAUAGCUUCUCAAACUGAGGUCCCCGGAUCUUUUCGAGUCCGCAAAAUAAUUUUUGUAUCAUUAAAAAAAAUGUAUACCUACAUAUGAGGGAUCAGUGUCCCAAUAGAACAACCCUAAUAAACCAAUUACCCCUCCAUAGCCCUGCCCCUGAUAUGAUUGGGACGUAUUAUUACGCACAUCUGACAUCCCCGCGGGGGGAGAGCCAACAGGGCACAUUGCUGCGUUGACAGGAAGCAGUCGAUGGCGGUUGCCAGGAAACGGUGUCAUCUGUCCGUCUUCAACGCUGGGGGGAGGGCCGGCGGCAGCUAAUCAGCGCUAAAAGCAGAAGCCCAUCCCCGCACCCCUCCGCGUCUCUUCUUUCCUGCUUUUCACCUCCAGACAUGAUCCGUCGACGCCGGAUGAUCAGAGUGACUCAGCAAAGUCUCUGUGAGGUGACCUUGAUCUUGUCUUGUACAGAGUACUGUAAUCCAUGGGACUUCUUCAGCAUACCGCGCACUGUCUUCCCAAUUGCAGAUCCACUCUAAACUUAGUCUUAGUGGUAGAGUUGAAUUAGCAUGGCACAGCUCGAGUAGAUCCUAACCAGGCUUGUGUUCUCACCGCCAGAUCUUUUGGCGUGGUAUUGUAGCAUAGUAGUAAGACAGCGUGUAAUUUGUCGUAGCGUACCGUUGAAAGCGUACCAAAUUGAAGCGGCCUGUACGGUUUUGUGGAAAAAAAAGGCUUCAUUUUCCUGUGUAAAUCCGUCCUGGCCUGUCCCACAAGUUAGCACAACCCGGCUCUAAAUUGAGUCGUAUUUCCAGCAAGCAGUACAGUUCGGUUUACCACGGCAUUGUUCAAGUUUCACUCUGUGCUGAUAUUGUAGCGUAACUUUAAGAAAGGAUGUAUUUUACCGUGUGUACAACUGGAACCGUACCGAAGCCAACCGUGCCGCUUGGUGGAAACGAGGCAUAAUUGUUCGUUCAGCUGCUUUUGUGUGUCGGAAUUGAAAAUCGCGCAAGAAUCACAGAGAUUUCGUAAAAAUUGGCAUGUCAGAGCCUAUAGCGAAGAUCCAAACUUGCAAUUUACACCGUAGCAUACUACUUCAUAUUUUGUCUCUCUCGUUUUCACCAAUUCGUACAGUUGGGCUCGCCAUGAUACAGUUCAGGUUGGGUAGAUGCCGAUAAGCCUUGUAUUUCCAAUGUGGGGUGUGUUGGUGGUAUAAACGGCGGGACGUCGUACAAUAGCAAUAAGACCGGGUGAUGUCAGAACUGUAACAGAAGAUGCUUUUUUGGCCUUUUUAACUCGGCAAAGCAGGAUAUCGCUAAAUUGUGUUUCUCUCGUAUAAACGGCAUUUAUCAGUAACUUAAGUCCAAACAGUUAGCGAUUAGCCGGCUUGUUGCGAUUGCUCUAAACGCUAAGUGCCAUAACAAUUGUCGCCAUAACCCCAACAUCAAAACCACUUCCUGGUUCAGUCCCUGGUCCUGGAACCUUCCGGGAUGUCCUAAAAGUUCUUUAGACCUGACUGUGUUGAACGCAGCUCUCCUCCCAGCCUGAUGACCACUUGCGUCGUGCAGGUAGCCGCAACUAAAUGGAGGACGCUGGUCACUUUGGAGCAGCUUUUUUUGGAUUGUGUUGUUUUUGUUGUUAUUGAUG